AUGUCCCGUGGACCCCCCGCCGGUUGCCCCGGCCCGGCCACGUUUCCCCGCAUCUCCCCCGAUCCCUUUGCCGUCCUUCCGCCGGCCUCUCCGCUGCCGCCUGCCCGCGUCCAGCGCCAGCGCGAGGGGGCCCGGGGCCCGCCGUCGCCGGCACCGCUGCCGGCAGGCGGAGGUGGCCGCAUCCGCCUCUCCCCCAUCCCUGGCGCAUCCGCGCCCGCCGGCCGCGGUCUCUGCGCAGAAGGGCCAGGUCUUACGCCUGCAGCUUUGGGUUUGGCACCCGCGACGGGCGGAGUAGCGCGCUUCGCACCAGGGGCUGGGCGCGCUUUCGCCGACUUCACCUCACCCGACGCCGCUGUGAUCCUCCCCGCCUUCCCCGCCUUCCCCGCUUCGCCCUUUUUCUUCUUAG